CCAACAAACACUACUCAUGGAGAGAACUUGUUUCCCAUUUUCCUUUUUUGUGGCACUUCUCAUGGUGCAAUGUUACGUGGCAAGCCUAGAUGUUGCAAAUGUUCCUAACAUUAUCACUGAUCAAUAUGCUCUUCUUGCCUUAAAAGGCUCAAAUUUCUUAUGACCCUCAUAAUGUUUUGUCAAACAACUGGUCUACCGGCACCUUCAUUUGCAGUUGGGUUGGUGUUACUUGUGAUUCUCGCUAUCAACGAGUAACUGCUUUGAACCUUUCUUACAUGGAUCUUGUAGGUACUAUUCCUCCACACAUGGGAAACCUUUCAUUUCUUGUGAGUCUAAACAUCGAAAACAAUAGUUUUCACGGUUCUCUGCCCAACGAGUUGUCUCAUCUUUACAACUUGCAACACUUAUCAUUUGGAUUCAAUAGCUUCAAUGGAGAAAUCCCAUCAUGGAUUGGGAUGUUAUCCAAACUUCAAAAUUUGUCUCUAUUUGGUAAUAGUUUCACAGGAACUAUACCACCAUCUCUAUCAAACAUUUCUUCAUUGCAAGUAAUUAAUCUUGGAUAUAACCAACUUUUGGGCUCCAUUCCAUCCUCCAUCUUCAACAUAUACAGCUUGCAAAGAAUUGAUCUUAGAGAUAAUAUGCUUUCUGGUCCGAUGCCCUCCAUUAUUUCCAACAUGUCAUCAUUGCAAAUCAUUGACUUAAAGAGUAAUAAUCUUUCUGGUCCACUCCCAAAUGAUACUUUUGAUAAUCUUCCCUACUUACAGCGGCUUCGUGUAUCUUAUAAUCAAUUUUCUGGCCAACUCCCAUCUACUUUGUUCAAUUGCAAACGACUGCAAUAUUUAUCAUUUGCGAUUAAUGAUUUCAUUGGAAGUAUACCUUCAGAAAUUGGAAACUUAAUCAUGCUCACAGAGUUAUACUUUGACAACAACAACUUUGAAGGUACUAUCCCAUCCACUUUGUUCAAGUGCAAACAAUUGCAUAAGUUAUAUUUGUGGGAUAAUGGUUUCACCGGAAGUAUACCUCCAGAAAUUGGAAACUUAACCAUGCUCACGGACUUAGAGCUUGGCAAGAACAACUUUGGAGGUCCACUCCCUUCCGCUUUGUUUAACUGCAAACAACUGCAAAUUUUAUGGAUAUCGUCCAAUAAAUUCACAGGAAGUGUACCUUCAGAAAUUGGAAACUUAACCAUGCUCAAACAGUUAUACAUUGACUAUAACAACUUUGGAGGUGCAAUACCAAGAGAAAUUGGUAAUCUACAAAACCUUGAGAUCUUCAGUAUCGCAUUGAACAACUUUAGUGGUCCAAUUCCAUUUGAGAUCUUCAAUAUCUCAACAAUACGAACAAUUGCUAUGACUUGGAAUAAUCUCACAGGCCAUCUUCCAUCAAAUGUAGGCUUCUUUCUUCGAAAUCUUCAGGGUCUUUAUCUCGGAGUAAACAAACUAAGUGGAAUAAUACCUAACUCUAUCUCCAAUGCUUCACAACUCACUAUACUAGAUCUGAGCAUCAACUCAUUCUCGGGCUUAAUUCCUAUAUCACUUGGUAAUUUAUGGUUCCUCAAGACGCUCAACCUAGUAGGAAAUAACUUGACCAUUGACUCUUCCACUUUAGAGCUCAACAUUUUCUCUUCUUUGUCAAAUUUGGCAUAUCUAACACAUUUAGAUUUGUCAAGUAAUCCAUUGAAUGACAUCCUUCCCAGUUCUAUUGGAAAUCUCUCUACCUCUCUUCAAGUCCUUACCAUUGAGAAUUGUAAUAUUAAGGGCAUCAUUCCUAGAGAUAUAGGCAAUUUAAGCAACUUGACGACUUUGUUCCUAGGGACCAAUGAAUUGGUUGGACCUAUUCCAACUACCGUGGGAAGAUUGCACAAGCUUCAAGGUCUCGGUCUUAAUGAUAAUAGACUAGAAGGUCCCAUCCCAUCUGAACUUUGUCAUUUGGAGAACUUGUAUGAAAUGCAUUUUAGUGGUAAUGAGCUUUCUGGACCCAUUCCCGCAUGGUUGAAUAAUCUCACUUUUCUAAGACAUCUUUACUUAGACUUUAAUCAAUUAAAUUCUACGAUUCCAUCAAGCUUGUGGAGCCUUACAAAUAUCUUGGAGGUCAAGCUCUCAGCAAACUCUUUAAGUGGCACUCUCUCAUUAGAGAUUGGAAACAUGAUGGUCUUGAGAGUAUUAGAGUUAUCAAGAAAUCAACUAUCUGGUCAUAUCCCAACAACAAUUGGUAGCCUAAAAAAUCUAGCUAAUCUCUCAUUGGCCGGCAAUCGAUUAGAAGGCUCAAUUCCUGAAUCUUUUGGUGAAUUGGUAAGUUUGGAAUUCUUGGACCUUUCCAGUAAUAAUUUAUCCGGUAAGAUUCCAAAGUCCUUAGAAACAGUUUCACAACUCAAAUAUCUAAAUCUCUCUUUCAAUAGACUACAAGGAGAAAUUCCUGUAGCAGGACCAUUUGUGAACUUCUCUGCUGUAUCAUUUAUGUCAAAUGAUGGACUUUGUGGUGUUCCUCGACUGCAUGUUCCCCCAUGUAAAGCAAUUGAUCCUCGACCAAAAACGACCACAACAGCACAUAUAUUAAAGUAUGUAUUACCAACGAUUGGAUUAACAACGUUUGUAGUUGCUCUUGUGUUAGUUUGGACAAGACGCCAAAAAAGGAAUAUGAAAAUUCCAGUGGAGGAAAAAUCAUUAGCACUAGCCACGUGGAGAAGAAUUUCCCAACAAGAACUUCUACAAGCAACAGAAGGGUUCAGUGCAAGCAACUUACUUGGUAAAGGGAGCUUUGGAUCAGUAUACCAAGGGAGACUCUCAGAUGGAAUGAUUGUUGCAAUAAAAGUUUUUGAUUUGGCAGUAGAAGGGGCUUUCAAGAGUUUUGAUAUAGAGUGUGGGAUACUACGCAAUAUUCGUCAUCAGAAUCUUCUUAAAAUCAUCAGCACUUGUAGUAACAUGGACUUCAAAGCUUUUGUAUUGGAAUACAUGCCUAAUGGGAACCUAGAGAAGUGGUUGCAUUCUCAAGACCACUGUUUGAGCAUCUUACAAAGACUAAAUAUAAUGAUCAAUGUCGCAUCAGCACUGGAAUACCUUCAUUAUGGUUAUUCAAUACCUAUUGUUCAUUGUGAUUUGAAGCCCAACAAUAUCUUAUUAGAUGAAGAUCUGGUCGCACAUGUCGCUGAUUUUGGCAUUGCCAAGCUUUUGGGUGAUGGGGAUUCUAUGAUGCAAACCAUGACUCUCGCUACUAUUGGGUAUAUGGCACCAGAGUAUGGGUCGGCAGGAAUUGUUUCUACAAGUGGCGAUGUCUAUAGUUAUGGUAUUUUGCUGAUGGAAACUUUUACAAAAAAGAAACCUACUGAUGACAUGUUUGCUGGAGAAAUGAGCUUGAAGCGUUGGGUAGAAGAAUCAGCAGCCUUUUCAGUAACUAAAGUCAUUGAUGCCAAUUUAUUGACAACCGAAAGUGAUUAUGCUUCUAAAGAGGAUUGCAUAUCAUCCAUAAUGGAGUUGGCAUUGCACUGUUGUGCAAAGUUACCUGAGCAUAGGGUUAAUGCAAAAAGUAUUUCAAUCACACUCAACAAGAUCAAAUUGAAGUUUCUACAAGAUAGUGAAGGAAGCUAGUAUGAGAGCAUCAAGUUUGUUCAUAGCUCUUUCAUGUUUGUCCUCUUGAAACAAAUCUGUGUUCUUGAAAUAAAUUUUUGAUUGCUUAAAAUUACUGUUUCAUGUAUGACAAAGUAGAAUUGAUUUCUUGGAAUAUU